AUGAACCUGCUAGGAAGGAGCUUGGCUCUGGCCUGGAUGACUACCAUCUUGUUACAGAUGUCCAUGGCAAGGCAUCCCAGGUGGGCACAGAAUGCCAAGCCCUGGGCCUUAUGGGACUUGAGUGCUCAGGAGCUGGAAUGCCGGCACAACUUCCUGAUGAGUAGGAGGGAGUUGGAGCUGCAGUCAUCCAAAGUACUGACUUUGGCCAAGAACUCUGUGUUCCUCAUUGAGAUGCUGGUGCCCAAGAAGUAUGAGGUACUGGAUUUCUUAGACAAUGGAGCCAUUCCUCCUUUACGGGAAGCCCGUGUUCUCAUCUACUUUGGCACCCAGGAGUAUCCCAAUGUCACAGAGUAUGCUGUGGGGCCAGUUGAACAGCCCAUGUACAUGCGAAAACUGAGCCGCAAGGGAGGCCAGGAGCUGUCGUGGGCAUCUCGACCCAUGUCCAAAGUAGAGUCUGCCCUCCUCCUCCAUACUCUGAAGAUAGCCACCAGGCCUUUACAAGUUCUUCUUUAAAAAAAAAAAAAAAAAGAGUUCUUCUUUGAUACCACUGGCUUCACACUACAUGACUGUGACAGCGGCUGUCUGACCUUCACCAAUGUUGCCCCUCAUGCUAUGACAUUCAGAAAGCACCGUAGCUGGUUUCUCUUGCAACGCUUGGUGAAUGGCUACUUCCUGCAGCCCACGGGGCUAGAGAUCCUUGUAGAUCACAGGAGCACAGACGUCCAGGACUGGAGAGUGAAGCAGCUCUGGUAUAAUGGCAAGUUCUACAGCAGCCCAGAGGAACUGGCUCAGAAAUACGCAGAUGGAGAAGUGGACACAGUGGAUCUUGAGGAUCCAUUGCCCAAGAUUACACAACAGUCAGCACAGCACUCAACCUACAGGCCCAGUGCUGAGUUCCCCGUGCCCAUCAGCAAGGGUGGCCCUCUAGUGUUCCAGUCCAGUGCUGAGUUCCCCACCAGCAAGGGGGACCCUCAAGUGUUCCAGUCCAGUAUUCCCCGAUAUAGCCUAAAACACAACCCUGUGCUCUAUGGAGACUGGAGGUUCUUCAAGCUGCACUCCUCUUAUGGGCUUCAACUCUUUAAUGUGUACUUUGGGGGCGAGCGCGUUGCCUAUGAAAUUGGCGUGCGAGAGGUUAUGGCACUGUAUAGAGGACAAACAGCUGAAGGCAGGGAGACCAAGUACAUGGGUGUGGGCUGGGGCCUCGGAGGCAUCACUCGCCAGUUAACUCCAGGCAUUGACUGUCCCAACACAGCUACCUUCCUGGACGCCAUCCACUACUAUGACAGUGACAGCCCUGUCCUCUAUCAACGAGCCCUCUGCAUCUUUGAGAUGCACACGGGAGCUCCCCUUGGGCAGCGCUUUAACUCCAACUGUAGAUAUAGCUUCAGUUCCUCUGCCAGGCUGAAUGGGCCUACGCUGGUUCUAAGGACAACAUCGACAAUCCACAGUCAUGAUUACCUCUGGGACUUCAUCUUCCACCCCAGUGGCGUAAUGGAGGGCAAGAUGCACGCCACUGGCUGUGUUCAUGCCGCUUUCCACACCCCUGAGGGGCUGGUCUACAGCAGUCACCUGCACACCCACCCACUUGGGAACGUCCAUGCCCACCUAGCGCAUUAACGCAUUGACCUGGAUGUGGCAGGCACCAAGAACAGUUUCCAGACCCUGAAGAUGAGACUGGAAAACAUCACCAAUCCCUGGAGCCAGAGAAGCCAGCAGGUCAGACCCAUCCUCGACAAGACCCAGUCCUCCUGCGAGCGCCAGGCAGCCUUCCACUUCAGGCAGACUCUGCCCAAGUACCUGCUUUUUAGCAAUGCUGGAGAGAGGUUGGGUCACAGUCGCAGCUACCGCCUACAUGUCCCAGCCAUGGCUGAGCAGCUGCUGCCCCCAGGCUGGCAGAACUCACCAGCUUUCACGUGGCCCAGAUACCAGCUGGCAGUGACCAAGUACCAGGAAUCUGAGCGGUUCCACAGUAGCCUUUACAACCAGAACCACCAUUGGGCUUACCCGCUGGUCUUUGAGGACUUCAUUCACAACAAUGAAAACAUUGAAGACAAGGUACUGAUCCAGUCCCCUUCGCCUACCUCUGGUCUUGUCACUCAUCAAUGA